CUCUUCACCUUAUGACUGGAAAUAGAGUUAAGUUGGAAGUGCGAGUGUGAGGGUGUGCUGGCUUGUUUUCCCUCGUCAUAAUGGAAGUUAGCAAGAAUGUUGAGAGAGAAACUAUAGUUCCAGUAAUAAGCGUGGAAGGGGGAAACUCGGGCGAGUGUAGCGACGUGAGCACCGCAAACUCACCCCAUACAGAGCGGAGUGCAAGUGUUCGUAAGUCCUCGCUGGCAGUCCUCCUACCCCGGCUCUCCAGUCACCUCGGCUCCUCUGAGUCCCUCAACCACAGUCCCCAGUCCUCCCCAGGUUAUGAUGCAGACACCACAGCGCUCCGGAUGCCAGAUGUGUCACAUCCAAGGGCUUCUCCCCUCUCUCGAAAGGAAUCAUAUAAAGACCAGAGGCGGAAGUAUCGCCGAGAGAAAAAAAGAGUUGCACGAGAACUUCUGAGCACACUGAAAGAUCCGGCUGUGGUGGUGCUAGCUGAUUGGCUCAAGGUACGAGGUUCACUCAAGGGAUGGACCAAACUGUGGUGCGUGCUCAAGCCUGGCAUGCUUCUUCUCUAUAAGAGUGCCAAAGUUAAGAGCAGCCACUGGGUGGGCACUGUAUUGCUGAACACAUGUGAACUAAUUGAGCGGCCAUCAAAAAAAGAUGGAUUCUGUUUCAAGCUCUUCCAUCCUCUUGAGCAGUCCAUCUGGGCUACAAAGGGACCUGAGGGGGAAACAAUGGGAGCAGUUAUGCAACCACUUCCUUCAUCACACCUCAUCUUCCGAGCUCCGUCCCAGGCAGCAGGGAAGUGCUGGAUGGAUGCCCUGGAGCUGGCUGUUAGGUGCUCCUCGAUUCUUAUCCGGUCCAUGACAUCUUCAAAUAAGAGUGAAGCCAACAAUUCUAUUAACUCUUCAACUCUUGCUGCUGAUAAGUGGAAUGACUCAGAUUAUGAGAAACACUUCAAGGACCAAGAUAUAUCUGAUGAUUCAAGCACUGGUAUUAGUCCUGAAAGUAGCCCAGUAGCAUCACCUCAGUCAGUAUGGCGGGACUGUGUCAUUCAGCUUGCUGGUGUUUCCAGUGUUGAAUGUACACCUACUCAUAGGAUCCUUGUGAGCAGUGGAGUAAACAGAGAUCCAUCUCCCACUCCGUAUUAUCGUAAGCUGGCAGCAGCUAUUCACAUGGCUGAUCAGGAACUCAUGGGAGAAUCCUCCAAUCCAAGAAUGUCAUUAACUCCUGAGCCUACCAGUGUUUCUGAACAUUCACAAGCAAACACACCUAAGAUGCAGCCCACCCAGAAGAACAACUCUGUGAGGGCGACUCCCAAGAUUCAUAAAAAGACUUCAAACUUGGACGAUGCAAGCCACACAGAUGAGAAUGAAUACCAUCGUGAAUCUGGACAUUUUUCUGGAGCAGAGGCAAUGUCUGGGACAGAAUCAGAAUCUGAGGAUGGCUCUCACAAAGGUGAUGAAGAAAGGAGAAAUGGGGAAGAGGAGGACGUAAAAGAUGAUCAGACUCCUAUAGAGACUACUUAUGUGGUUUCUAAGGAAGGGGAAAUGGGAGAGGCUGGAGAACAAGUUGAAGAAUUAGAAGAAGAAAACAAGUCUCUGAUUUGGUUCCUAUUAAAACAAGUUCGGCCAGGGAUGGACUUGUCUAAAGUGGUGCUGCCGACAUUUAUUCUUGAGCCAAGAUCCUUCCUUGACAAACUUUCAGACUACUAUUAUCAUGCUGAUCUGCUCUCAAAAGCCGUACAAGAAGAUGACCCAUUCACACGUAUGAAGCAAGUUACCAGGUGGUACCUCUCAGGAUUUUAUAAGAAGCCGAAGGGACUCAAGAAGCCUUACAAUCCCAUUCUUGGGGAAACGUUUCGCUGCUAUUGGAGACAUCCCAAUGGAUCACGCACCUUCUAUGUUGCAGAGCAGGUGUCACAUCAUCCUCCAGUGUCUGCAAUCUAUGUAACCAAUAGACAAGAAGGAUUUUCACUUACUACUACUGUUUUAGCCAAAUCAAAAUUCUAUGGUAAUUCAACUUCUGCUAUAUUGGAUGGCAAUGUCUUACUAACAUUGCUACCCCGAGGAGAAGAUUAUGUCAUGAACAUGCCGUAUGCUCACUGUAAAGGCAUCCUGAUGGGCACACUGACUAUGGAACUUGGUGGGAAAGUCACUAUAGACUGCGAGAAGACUGGUUACAGAACAGAGCUAGAAUUCAAGUUACGGCCUUUUUUGAGUGGUGGUGAUGCCAACAAUAUGUUGAGUGGAAAGCUAAAGUUAGGAAAAGACACUCUAGCAACCCUAGAUGGACAUUGGGAUGGUAAAAUCACCCUCACAGAUAAACGAACUGGGGAAGAAAAAGUACUGUGGCAUGCUACUCCCGAAGUGAAAAACCAGCGACUUGAGCGGUACACGGGGUUUGGGGGACUUGACCAGCAGGGGCAGUUUUUUAGUCGGAAAGGAACUCUGGCAGCUAGUUUUUAUAUGCCAUUAAAAAAUGAUUUAUCAGCAGCUACUGAAGAAAAAACCAUUUUGGAGGAAGCACAACGGAGUGCAGCCAAUGAGAGAAAAGCAAAGUGUGAAGAAUGGGUACCAAGGUACUUUACACAGGACCCAGUGAGCGGUGUUUAUGUUUAUCAAUACUCGGACCUUCGACCUUGGGAUCCAAGGACAGAUCUCUUCCAGUAUGAGUAUAACUAUAUAAUAUCUACUAAAACCAGACAUAAAGCACCCAUGAUCAGAACUGCUUCCAUAGUCAGUGUAGAUCCUAAGUGUGAGAUUGUGCGGGUAGCAGGUGUGGAAGGAGUACAACGUUUGCGUGGAGUGUUGGAACGAGCAGAAGCUGAGGAGACCAGUUCAGGGGACCAAGAUGAUCUCCAAGAUAAUCCUGACCAUCCUAGUGCUGUCCAGGCCUUACCUACUAAGAGACAAGCACAUUCACUAACACCAAGUAUUCUUGAAGCUGUGAACAAAGUAGCCAAAGUGCAGGAGUCUCUCUUAAUAGAAAUUAAGGGGGUGCGUCAGGACAUGGAUAGUUUAACUCGACGGAUAUCAACUAUGGGUAUUUCAAGACAUGGAACUGCUCGCAUUGACACGUCAUCUCAGGAAAAUGGCAUCCCACUGUCUACCCAAACAUGGGCAUCCAUUCUGGUAGCUCUUAUUUUCUACUCACUGAUUCAGUGGUUUAUGGAAAGGCUGCGGUCGUAGCUGUGGGCAUUGGAGAUUAUUUAUACAUACAGGUUGUUAUAAUUUAUCUGUGUGAAAUUCAAGGAAGAUGAUAUAUAGUAUCAGUAUUACCAAGAGUUAAAUUUGUAGUUUUUGCCAGGACACAAAUAUAUAGCAUUUUUCAUUUUGCAAAUUUGAUGUCUCCAUAGCUUUUUUUUUUUUUUUUCAAUAAAAAUUCUGAGUAUUUUCUUUAUUUUAUAAUUUUUAUAUUUUACACAUCAGUCAUUUCCCACCAAGGUAGGGUGGCCAAAAGAAACAUACAUUCAACCUUCACUACCAAGCUGUCUUUCCAGAAAUACUACAUGGAUAUCACAACACAGACCCACCGAAGCUCAAUAUCUUGACCCAUGUUUCAAAGUGCAGGUACUGUACUUCUUACCUUCAAAAUUAAAGGCUGACUAACUCAUGUCCCUGAGUUUCUUCAUAGACAUUCUCUUGCUCACACUAACAGCAUGUCGAAUCCAAAAAACCACCUGUGUCCAUUCCAAUCAGAUAUGCUCUCACAUGCUUGCGGGAUGCUCAGACCCCUAGCUCCUAAUUCCUAACCCUCCUUCCAACCCUUAAGAUAUUCCCUAUGCCUCCUGCCGUCCAUCCCAAUUUAUAUACCUUUUUUUUUUAUAUGAACCUACUUUUCUGCAUCCUUUCUGUCUUGAUUUUUUCACACGUGCACACUAUAGACAGUAUAAGUGAAGAAUAAGAGUCACAGUGAAUGUGUACAGUAUAUGUAUUUUGACUUUUGGGUGAGUGUUCCUUACUGAUUGUACAUUCCAAUGUUGAUACAGUUGUGCCCAUUCACAGAUCCAGACACAGAAAUGUUAUGCAUGCCAUUACUUGCCUAGUGAGAGUUAUAUAUACAUAUAUAUAAGACCUUGUUCUGGUAAUAUUUGUAUCCUUUAUAUAGUAGUAGUAGUACAUUGCAAGGUAACUUUUUACAUUCAUUACCAGUCAUCUUGGUCAUGUCAUUUUAAAUUAUUUUUAUAUUUAUGCCCUAUUCAAACAAAUAACAUUCCUUUAUUAGCAAAAUUAUAACACAUCUGACCCAAAAAUUUAUUCCUAAAUUCUAAAGAAUAAUUGAACUUAGGUUGCCAUUUGUAAAACUAUUUCCUGAACACAUCUUUCAUAUGAGCUGCUAAUUUUCCAUUAAUGUCUGUCAUCAAGAAUUUAUUUUAGCUCACCUCUACAGGGAAAGAAAGUUAAAUUUCAAGUAUUCCUCACAUACUGUUUUUCUCUAUAUCCAGUGUUAAAGAAAAGGUUAUAACCAGGAGUGCAUUUGCAGUAGUGGAGCUUUGUAAUUGCAGAUUACUCUUUAUGAAUACCUCUGUGUAAUGGUUUUCAAUCACUGAAUGAGUGUACGGUGAUUACUGCUAAAUAUUAUUUUAAACAAAGAUAUAUCACCUUCAACCAGCUUUCACAUCAAAACCAGAAGAGAAAGUUUGGACUAUAAAAACAAAUGUGUGAUUUACUCUUUGCUACUAUAAUCCUCUGAUCCUAGAAAACUAUAUAGAUAACCCUCUCUCAAAUUUCACAUAAAUUAAUUCUUAUUUCUGAACAUGGAGCAGCAGCAGCAAGAGACUAACAUGUAAACAUGUCCUCUUUCUCAUUAUUGCUGUUAAACACAUUUGUAACCUUUAUUUUCUUCUCAUUACCUCAUGACACCUGUCAUUGCCUAUUAGUUAUUAGUUUUUCUCGAAGAUUAUUUUAUAUGUAUAUUUCUAUUUGUGUUUGAAACAUAUUCAUAAAACUGCCACAGCUUCUUUGGUCUGGAUUAAUUUUUAGUGCAUAUUUAUUUUAUUUUAUUUUGGUGUCCUUGAAAAAAUGCAUUUGGUGAUUUUGGUGCACUGGAGAAUUGUUAAGAACAAGUUUAUCACCACAUUAUAAUUAUUGUUAAAAAGGCCAUCUUCAUAUUUUCAUUUCAUAUAUAUAUAUCUAUAUAUAUAUGUAUAUACAUAUAUAUUUUUUUAAUUAUUGGAUGUUGAUGAAGUAUAUAAAUAAAGUAUAGAGUGUAAUUCAUUUAUGAGGUUGGUAACCUUAAAAUGAAUGAUGAACCCAUUUAACCACACACCUUCAUAGUGCCCUUGUCAAUUGCUCUAGCUACACUCACUCGUCAAUGUUUGUAGCCGUCUUUUCUACCAGUUUUAAGCAUUGUGUUAGAUAGUCUAUUACAGUAUUAAGAUAGGGAGGGGCUGUAAUGAUCUCUUGUGUUUAAAAAGUAUAUGGAUUUAUGUUUGUUCGUUUCAUUUGUAAUAUGCUUGUUAUUGCAUUCCCUGAUGUUGUAGUUAGGGAGAUAGUAAUCUUAUUUUCUGUUAAUGUUCAUGUAUGUGUGUGUGUACAGUAAUUUUCUGUGUGUACAUAUGUGUGGUUUUUAAAAAAACGUUUCGUUCAUCUCUUUUCUUUUUGUAUUUUGUAUUAAGUUUAGUGUUGUCGUAUAAGUCAUGAGAUCUAAUAUAUAACCUUUUAUUCUUAAAAUGUUUUCACUUUUCCAUGAAUCUGGCAUUGUGUGUACUGUGCAUGCACAUACAUAUACAGACACAUGUUGUUACAUAAAGAAAUAUAAGUUCAUAAAUUUAUGAAUAAUCAGCAUUUAGGAGAGGAACCUUAUAACUCAGUUUCAGUACAUCCUGGACAUUGUCUUGCUUCAUUUGUGACUUGACAAUGGUUCAAGAUGGGCUGAAAGGUUGUCAUAAGGCUUCUGAUCUAAGUGCAGGUUAUUUGUGAAUUGUUUCAGCCACAGUAAUGAGUCUUCUUAUUCUUUAAGAGUUCAUAAACAUUAAAUCUUGCCCCAAAUUUGUAUUAAUAGGAAAACUACCUCUAAAAUUAUAAUAUGGGUAGCUAUAGGAACAUGGGAUUCACUUGUAAAUAUUGCUGUGAAGUGCAUCCUGGUUAAUAAGCAAGAGAUUUCUGUACUUUUGAACUGUAUCAAACUUUCAAAAUUAUUAGUUCUAUGAUAGAGUUGGUAAUGUGGACUGACCGUGACACUAAUUGUGAAGCACUAUCAAAGUUCUAGUCUUUGUGAAUGAUCUUGAAACCAACUGUGAACGACCACCAACUUGCUAAAGAUACUGCACAUGAAAAAUAUGAGUGUUUUUCAAAACAUUAAUAUUUUAGUAUUUUCAUACUGUAGCUGCUGACAGUUCACUAUCGAAAAUUUUUGAAAAAGCACUUUAUUAUGUUUUAAAUAAGCAGUUUUAGUUUUUGGCUUAACAAUAUAUUUUACCUAUGAUCUAUAUUUAUCUUCCAAUCUUUAGAUCUCUCUUGUCAUGCACCACCAACCAUUAAUAAUGUUAUCAAAAAUAUAUUAAUGUUUGUAAGGAAA